AUGGGUUUCAGCACUACAGUCGAAUUUGAUCAGGCAUAUCAAAGUGUGCAGAGUGCUUUUGCCUCUGGCACCACCAAGAACAAAGAAUGGAGGCGUCGUCAACUGAAACGUGCUUGGUGGAUGGUUGAGGACAACAAGGAGCGCAUCUGUGAUGCAAUCUAUACCGAUCUUCACAAGCACUAUCAAGAAGCCUACACCGGCGACUGCAGUAACAUCCAAGCGGAUAUUUUACGCACUCUCAAAAAGCUGGACGAGUGGACCAAAGAUGAGAGACCGGAAAAGUCCGAUCCUCUCAACUUCCUAGGAAGAGCCACUGUCCGCAAAGAACCGCUUGGUGUGACUCUGAUUAUCGGCGCAUGGAAUUUCCCUGUCAGUCUGCUUCUGCAGCCAAUGGUUGCCGCGAUUGCGGCUGGGUGUGCCGUUAUUCUCAAACCAUCAGAUGUAGCAAGUGCCACCCAGGAUGUAUUAAUGGAAAUUGUCCCCCAAUAUAUGGACCAAGAUGCGAUUCGAUGUGUUGCCGCUGGUCCACAAGAAAUGGGAUACAUCCUUGAACAUCGCUUUGACCACAUUUUCUACACUGGAUCCCCCAAUAUUGCUAAAAUCAUCCAUGCAGCAGCGGCAAAGCAUCUAACCCCCGUCACACUCGAGUUGGGCGGUCAAUGUCCUGCUAUUGUCGCGGAAUCGGCCAAUCUCGAUCUCACUGCAAAACACAUUGCCGUUACCAAAUUCAUGAAUGCUGGACAGGUUUGCUUGAAUGUGAACCACGUUCUCGUCCACCCGAGCCUACGGGAGCCCCUUGUCGCUGAUUUGAUUCGACACUUUGACACGUUCCUAGGAGGCAAAGCCAACAACCCAGAGUAUUAUACACACAUCAUCAACGAACGUAACUUCGACCGCCUUGAAAGUCUACUCCAAAAGACCUCCGGAAAGAUCGUCUAUGGUGGCCAGCGUGAUCGUCAAAGUCUGUACUUCGCACCAACGAUCGUCACCGGCGUUAAACCCGGAGAUUCCCUUCUCUCCGAAGAGCUUUUCGGUCCGAUUCUCCCUAUCGUCGAUGCAGACUUCGAUACCGCUAUCUCUCGCACUCGUGAGGGAGAGCAUCCACUCGCCAUCUAUGCUUUCACUACUCAAGAUGCUGAAAAGGCUCGCAUCUUGAACGAAACCCAGUCCGGGGGUGUGACCUUCAACGACUGCGGUCUCCACGUAGCUGGUCGCGAUGUGCCAUUCGGUGGUGUUGGGAAUUCUGGUCAGGGGCGUUAUCAUGGCCCGCAUGGUAUCUUGACUUUCUCUCAUCUCCGUACGCAUAUCAAUGCCUUGCCUUCGUGGUUGGAGGGACUUAUUGCCGCACGGUACCCCCCUUACUCGGUACAAAAGGCUCACAAGAUGACCGCACCCGUCACCCCACCUUUUGAUCGGGAUGGCAAUGAUACAACAACCGCUCGCGCGAAGUGGGUCAUUGGCGUUGGAGUUCUUGUGAUUUCUGCAUAUUUUGUUUAUGACUCGGGAUCAAGUUUUCCUUUCUAA